UGUGUGUGUGUGUGUGUGUAGAGUGUGCAAUAUUCAAAUUUGACAACUGUGCGAAUAACGUUAAAGAUCACAACAGCAAAUCAAAUGGGCCUUUGAUUUGACUACAUUAUAAAUAUAGAAAAUAUCAAUCCAUCUCAUUGAAACACUUUGAUUAUUUUGGCCAAGAGCUAUGACCCACAUGAUGAUGGGUCCCACGGAAUGUGCCAGUGCUGCAAGUGCCAUGAUGUCAGCCACAACCACAAUGCCGUCCUUUCUAACGGAUAACGUCUUAACGGAUUAUAGCUGCUAUGCAACAAACGAUUAUUGGACAACACCGUAUACAACAAGCGGCCUAAGUCCCAUGAAACAGAUUGAAGCUUGUAUACAAACUGCUGGCAAGGAUCGCACCUCAUACAAACCACUUGAACAGAUUGAUGCCAAAUUGGCUGACAUUGAGACGCAUAGUUCAUCGUCAUCGUCGGCAUCGUCGUCGCUGUCAUUGGCAGGUAGCAACAACAACAACAAUAGCAGCAACAACUCCAGUCAAGAGGCAGCUAAUUCUAUUUCCGCUAUUCACGAUUAUCCUGUCAACAACAACAACAGCACAACAACGGCAACGGCAGGAAGAACAUCAGCAGCAGCAGCAGCGGCAGCAGCAACAACAACAUCUUCAUCAGCCAGGAAAUACAAAAAUAGCCACAAAAAAGACGACAACAAUACAACAGAAAAUAAUUUGGCUAAUAACAACAACAAUAAUAAUAAUAGCAAUAAUAAUAAAGGCGAAACGGAGCCAGUGCAUCCAUCGCUAGCUCAGGCCAUUGUAGUGCUGGAAACGAAAGCUUUGUGGGAUCAAUUCCAUGCCCAGGGCACUGAGAUGAUUAUCACAAAGACGGGUCGUCGCAUGUUUCCAACCUUUCAGGUGCGAAUCGGUGGCCUCGAUCCGCAUGCCACUUACAUAUGUAUGAUGGAUUUUGUGCCCAUGGAUGAUAAGCGGUAUCGUUAUGCAUUUCACAAUUCCUGUUGGGUGGUCGCUGGCAAAGCGGAUCCCAUUUCACCGCCACGUAUUCAUGUCCAUCCGGAUUCUCCGGCCGCCGGUUCCAAUUGGAUGAAACAGAUUGUGUCCUUUGAUAAAUUGAAAUUGACCAACAAUCAGCUGGAUGAGAAUGGUCAUAUCAUAUUAAACUCCAUGCAUCGAUAUCAACCACGUUUCCAUUUGGUAUAUUUGCCACCAAAAAACGCUUCACUGGAUGAGAACGAGCAUUCGAGCCAUUUUCGUACAUUCAUAUUUCCGGAGACAAGUUUUACGGCGGUAACCGCCUAUCAGAAUCAGAGGGUGACACAAUUGAAAAUAUCAAGUAAUCCAUUUGCCAAAGGUUUUCGUGAUGAUGGGACCAAUGAUGUAACUAGUGGCAGUGGCAGCAGCUUGGGUAUGUCCAGCAUAAGUCAUGAGAGUCAGGCUAGAAUGAAGCAGCAGCAGCAACAGCAACAACAGCAACAACAACAGCAACAACAAUUGAAAACCAAAGAUAGGGCAAAUAGUUUUCAACUCAAUUGCACGGAGUUGAGUGCUGAUCAACAGCAACAACAACAACAGCAGCAGCAACAGCAACAGUCCAUGCAAUUGCCAGCCACGCCCUCAAGCAGUUCCGCCUCUGGGAAUUCACCAGAUCUAAUGGGCUAUCAAAUGGAUGGCAAUCAAGUGCAGCAACAGCAGCAACAGCAGCAGCAACAACAACAGCAAUAUAAUAAUUAUCAAAGCUAUUCGCAAACAAAUCAAUUUCAUUUACAUCAACCACAUAGCCAUCCUCUGGCUCCUCCUCCUCCACAUCAUCAUCAUGCACAUCCCCAUCCUCAUUCGCAUCAUCAUCAUCAUCAAUCGUUGACUCCACUUUCGGCCAGUUCAGGUUCACCGCCAGCAAUUGCAGUGCCAAUUGCUGUUGCCAUUCCAUCAGCCUGUUCCGCAUCCGUCUCCUCUGUCUCCGCCAACAGCAACAGCAGCAGCAGCAACGGCAGCAGCACUGCCACCACCAACAACAACAACAACACCAUCACACCUCCCACAUCGGCAACGACAUCGAAUGAUGUACAAUUGGCCAACAGCAUGUACUCGAGCAUUGGCCAACCGUAUGCCCAGGAGCAGAGUCAAUUCGGUGCCAUCUAUCAUCAUCAUGCCGCCGCCGCCGCCUAUCAUCAUGGACACACUCACUCCACGCACAGUCACAAUCAUGCCCCAUACGGCAAUCCCUACGAUAAGCUAAAGGUCACCUCUCGUCAUGCCGCCGCCGCCGCCGCCUAUGGCAUGUCCAGCUAUCAGAGUUUCUAUACUCCCAGCGCCGCUGCCGCAGCCGCCGCUGCUGCCCACCAUCAUCAGAUAAUGCGACCCAAUAGCUAUAUGGAUCUAGUGCCGCGUUGAGAAAGAAAACCCCAAAAAAAAAAAACCCAAACCAAAACCAAAGUAAAGUAAAUCAUUCAAAGUAUUACCAAAAACAAAAACCACAAUCGGACUAUAAUGCCAUGCUGAACAAAUGGUUAUAUAAGUAAACAUUUUU